AAUAGAGUGUGCCGCUGUCGUGUGCGGAGCGAUCGUUUCGGAGUUUCGGAGUGUUAGAAAAAAAGUGUGUAGUGACAACCAGCAAACUGUUUGCGCCAACGGAAGAUAUGUUGACGAUGGAAACGGACCUCAAAGGAGGCAGUUUGCACGGGAACAUUCCCCCGCAUCAUUCGUUACAAAAUUACGGUUCUUUGAGUGCUUUAAGUCAAGCUCCGAUGCACGGUUUAACUCAACACCCCCAUCAGAUACACCAUCAACCGCAAGGACCGCAAAUACAUCAUCAACAUCAACACCAAACGCAGAAUCAUCAUCAUCAACAACAACAACAGCAGCAGCAACAACAACAACAACAACAACAGCCGACGCAAAAUAAUAAUAAUAAUUCGUCGAAAGCUCAAAAUAUGGAAAGAGUGAAAAGACCUAUGAACGCUUUUAUGGUGUGGUCGAGAGGACAAAGGAGGAAAAUGGCGCAGGAAAAUCCGAAAAUGCACAAUUCGGAAAUAUCGAAAAGAUUGGGCGCCGAAUGGAAAUUAUUGAGCGAAUCGGAAAAACGACCGUUCAUAGACGAGGCCAAACGAUUGCGAGCUGUCCAUAUGAAGGAACAUCCCGAUUACAAAUACCGACCGAGACGCAAAACAAAAACCCUAUUGAAAAAAGACAAAUACCCUUUGGGCGGUUCGGGCUUAUUAUCGAAUUCGGAUCCGACUAGAACCGCUCCCGCAUCCGUACAACAACAAGUAGCGGCGGCGCGCGAAAUGUACCAAAUGCCCAACGGGUACAUGCCGAACGGGUACAUGAUGCACGAUCCGACCGCCUACCAACAACAAUACACCACCGCGAACUACCCCAGGUACGAUAUGGGGCAGAUGCAGCACAAUUACAUGAACGGCGGUUACGGUUCGUACACGACCACGGUGCCGAAUAGUGCGGGUUCGCCGUACGGGAUGCACCAGGCGGGAUCGUCGCACAGUCCAUCGGGUUCUAGUAUCAAAUCGGAACCGGUGAGUCCCAGUUCGGGUUUGCAUACGCCGACGCCGGCCGGCAUCAAAAGGGAAUAUUCGGGACAACCGCAACAGGGGGAUCUCCGCCAAAUGAUAUCGAUGUACCUGCCUACCGACGGUGGUGUCCAGCACAUGCAACACCAAUAUAGCAGCUCGCCGGAUCCGAUGGUGCAAGGACCUUUGGCUCCGCUGACGCACAUGUGAGAACCGCUAUUUGUGGCGCAGGACAUUGAUGUGCCGCAACUGUGAAUUUUUCAUUUUUUUUUUUUUUCCUUUUUUUCAUUUCUUUUUUCUCUUUAUGUGUGUACAUAAAACUAUAUAGAUAACUACUAUUUACUAUAAUGUAUCAGUUAUUAAGUUUCUCGGCUGAUAUUCAGGUAUGACACGAUGAUUUUUUUUAUUUUUUUCUAUUUUUUUUUUUCAUCAAAAAGUAUAUUUUGAAAUAUAUGCGUUCGUAAAACACGUUCGUUUAUACACCUUUGUUUUUUCUGGUAAUUUCGAGCUUAGAAAUCGCUAAUUGAAACCUUCAAAAUAUAAAAUUAAAUUUGUAUUCUUCGAAUAAUCGUAAUUUUCAGAGUUUGUUUUUCAAUUUUACAUCAGAAUCAUCUUUCGAACUUCAAUAAUUACCAGGUGGCGGUCUUGUCGAAACUAGACGAUUUUUCGACGCUAAAAAAAUAUUUUUGACUUCGGUUUAAAUGAAAUUAAUCGUUUUAAGACGGAAAUUUAUAAAAAAAUAUUGUAGGAAAUGGGAAUAGCUUUUAAUUUAAGCUUUAAAGUUGAUUCAAAAAUCUUAAAUCUCUGCAAUAUGAAAAAAAACGUGUAAUAUCAAAUUUGCGCAAAAGUUAAAUAGUUUUAUAGAAUUAUAUGCUUUGCAAGUUUUCAGAAUAUACUGAAAUCUCUAUAUUUUGCACCGGAUUCAGCUUUUUCAACUCUAUGAUUAUCGAAAUACAGUCUAUCAAAAUUAAAAAAUUUUCUUAGAGAACGGAAAACUUUCGACAUUCAUUUCCAUAAAAAUAAUCGAUUUAAGAAAAAAAAUAAAAGAUAAAAUGUUGUAAUUAAUGAAAAUGUCUUCAAUUUAAAGAUAAAAUGGCGUCUGUAGGCCUUAUGGUUAAUUACCAGAUCUCAAAAAUGUAAAAUACAAAAAUUAAAAUUUUAUAAUCGUUUGUUAGUCUUUAAAGAACGAUUUACAUUGGAAGUUCCUAAAAGAUACUGGAAUCGGUAUAAUUUUGCUUUAAAAUCAAUUUUUUCACUAUGUACUUUCCGAAAUACAGUCCAUCAAAAUUAAACAAUUUUUUGAUAGAAAAAUAAAAAAAUAAACUUUCGAUAGCGAUUUCUAUGAAAAUAAUCGUUUUAUGAGAAAAAAUAUGAGAUAGAAACUUGUAGCUUAUGAAAAUGUCUUCAAUUUAAGCAUAAAAUGGCGUCUGUAGGCCUUAUAGUUAAUUACCAAAUCUCAAAAAUCUAAAAAACAAAAAAUUUUGAUUAAAUAAAAUUUCAUAAUCUUUUGUUGGUCCCAAGCUCCCAAAGAAUACAGAAAUCGGUGUAAUUUUGUUAUAAAAUCAGCUUUUUUCACCAUAUACUUUCCGAGAUACAGUCCAUCAAAAUUAAACAAUUUUUUAAUAGAAAAAUAAACUUUCGACACUAAUUUCUAUGGAAAUAAUCAUUUUAUGAGAAAAAAUAUGACAUAGAAACUUGUAGCUAAUGACAAUGUCUUCACUUUAAGCAUAAAAUGGCGUCUGUAGGCCUUAUAGUUAAUUACCAAAUCUCAAAAAUCUAAAAAACAAGAAA